AUGAUUCAUGGGGGCUCCACCUCCGGGAUGAGCAUGAGUGUUGAAAUCUGCAAAUACCGGGAGUCCCCAGUUUAUGUAGCAGAAGUCAAUCGAGAUCUUCUCCAGCAGACAGAAGAAAAACUUGAAAACAGUCCCUGUAAAGAGCUGUUCUCACCUUGUGUAAAAUCUGUACAUGAGUAUCUAAGCGGAGAACCUUUUCAAGAAUAUAUGGGCAGCAUGUACUUUGAUAGAUUUCUCCAGUGGAAAUGGCUCGAAAGACAACCAGUAACGAAAAAUACGUUUAGGCAGUACAGGGUAUUAGGAAAAGGUGGUUUUGGGGAGGUAUGUGCUUGCCAAGUACGAGCAACUGGGAAAAUGUAUGCUUGCAAAAGAUUAGAGAAAAAAAGAAUAAAGAAGAGGAAAGGUGAAUCCAUGGCGCUAAAUGAAAAGCAGAUCCUAGAAAAAGUCAAUAGUAAAUUUGUAGUCAACUUAGCCUAUGCCUAUGAAACAAAGGAUGCGCUGUGUUUGGUUCUGACCAUAAUGAAUGGGGGUGACUUGAAGUUCCACAUAUAUAACAUGGGAAACCCAGGCUUUGAGGAGGAAAGAGCCUUGUUUUAUGCAGCCGAGAUUCUUUGUGGCUUAGAAGACUUGCAUAGAGAGCACACUGUGUACAGGGAUUUGAAGCCAGAAAAUAUUCUGUUAGAUGAUUAUGGUCAUAUCAGAAUAUCUGAUUUGGGUCUAGCUGUUAAAAUCCCUGAGGGUGACUCAAUCCGCGGACGGGUAGGAACAGUCGGUUAUAUGGCUCCAGAAGUCUUGAACAACCAACGAUACACACUUAGCCCUGACUACUGGGGAUUAGGUUGCCUGAUUUAUGAAAUGAUUGCAGGACAGUCACCGUUCCGUGGGCGGAAAGAGAAGGUGAAGCGAGAAGAGGUAGACAGGAGAGUCUUGGAGACGGAAGAGGUUUAUUCCCAUAAAUUCUCUGAAGAAGCAAAAUCCAUCUGUAAAAUGCUACUGACCAAAGAUGUGAAGCAGAGACUUGGUUGUCAGGGAGAAGGUGCAGCUGAAGUGAAGAGGCACCUGUUUUUCAAGAGCAUGAAUUUCAAACGCUUACAAGCAGGACUGGACCCUCCUUUUAUCCCUGAUCCUAGGGCAGUCUACUGCAAAGACGUCUUGGACAUUGAACAAUUUUCAACUGUCAAGGGAGUGAACCUGGACCAAACAGAUGAUGACUUUUAUUCCAAGUUUUCCACAGGCUGUGUCUCUAUUCCAUGGCAGAAUGAGAUGAUAGAAACAGAGUGUUUUAAAGAACUAAAUAUAUUUGGACCAAAUGGUACUGUCUCACCAGAUCUUAACAGAAACUACCCACCAGAACCACCUAAGAAAGGAUUGCUCCAUAGAAUAUUUAAACGCCAGCACCAGAACAAUUCCAAGAGUUCGCCAAAUUCAAAGGCCAGUUUAAAUCAUCAUAUAAAUUCCAACCAUGUAAGUUCAAAUUCCACUGGAAGCAGCUAGUUCUACCUGUUCUUUUGUGAACCUUCACUUCACAUCCUUCCACUAUACCAUAUGGAGCUUCAAGAAUGAGACAGC